CAACCGCAGCCACCACCACAAAAUAAGGCCUAACCUACGCUGCCACAAACCACGGAGACAACACACGCAGCUCGCCGACCAGAGACAGAGAGAGACCAUCUGCUAGCUUAGCUGCCAUGGCCGCCUCCACCGUCUCCGGCCUCGCCGGCGCCACCCUCGCCCGCCGGCCGGCCUUCUCCACCGGCUUCACGACGGGCGCCCGGGUGUCGGCGAGGAACCCGCUGCUGACGAGGAACCUGGAGAGGAACGGCAGGAUCACCUGCAUGACGUUUCCGCAGGACUGGCUUAGGAGGGACCUGAACGUGAUCGGGUUCGGGCUGAUCGGGUGGAUCGCGCCGUCGAGCGUCCCGGCGAUCAACGGCAACAGCCUCACGGGGCUCUUCUUCUCCAGCAUCGGCCAGGAGCUCUCCCACUUCCCCUCGCCGCCGGCGCUCGACUCGCCGUUCUGGCUGUGGUUGGUGACGUGGCACCUUGGGCUGUUCCUGGCGCUCACCUUCGGCCAGAUCGGGUUCAAGGGCAGGACCGAGGGCUACUUCGACAAGUGAAUGAAUCCACAGUGGCUUUUGGUUAGCUUGACUGUACGGACGGAUGUGUGCGCUGCAUAUCCUUCCUUUUGUAUAGGGCUCUGAUUUGAUCCUCUUGCGGAUGUACGCUGUUGUAAUUCUCCUCAACUCCUUAAAACUUUAAAGGACAAAUAUAUGUGUUGUGGCUAAA